CACAACUCCCCACCCCCCUCCCCUUCCCGAACCUUCUAGAACCCCUCGCCAGAACCCUACCCAUGGCGGCGUCCCUCCUUUCCCGCGCCGCCGCCGCCGCCGUGGCGCUCCGCGGCGCGGCGCGGCCCCACCACCUCCUCGCGCGGUGCACCCUCCCCAAGGAAACCCUCCUUCCCCUACUACUCCUACUCCUCACCGCCGCCACGCCCCCCGCGGGUCGGGUGGGCUGGGCGGCGCAGGGCGCCGGCGUGUACGGGUGCGGGGCGCCGCCGCUGGCUGCGGGCGCGUUCGGGAUCGCGGCGCGGUGCAACGCCACGUCGUCGUCCGCGGUGUCGGAGGCCGCCGGCGUGCACGAGCUGCCGCGGACGGAGCCGGUGGUGUCGGCCGAGUGGCUGCACGCCAACCUCAAGGACCCCGACGUCAAGGUACUUGAUGCCUCUUGGUAUAUGCCUGCGGAACAAAGGAAUCCUCUACAAGAGUACCAGGUGGCUCAUAUUCCCGGUGCCUUGUUCUUUGAUGUUGAUGGGAUAUCUGACAAAACAUCUAGUUUACCACACAUGCUGCCAUCUGAAAAGGCAUUUUCGGCUGCUGUAUCCGCUCUUGGCAUCUAUAACAAAGAUGGGAUAGUAGUUUAUGAUGGAAAGGGACUGUUCAGCGCUGCUCGUGUUUGGUGGAUGUUCCGAGUAUUUGGACAUGAUAAAGUUUGGGUGCUAGAUGGAGGUUUGCCCCAAUGGCGCGCUUCUGGGUAUGACGUUGAAUCAAGUGCAUCCAGUGAUGCCAUCUUAAAGGCCAGUGCUGCUGGUGAAGCAAUUGAGAAAGUUUACCAGGGUCAACCGGUUGGUCCAUUCACAUUUGAAGCAAAGUUGCAGCCUCAUCUUAUUUGGAGUCUUGAUCAGGUGAAAGAGAACAUCAAGACCCAGACACAUCAACUUAUAGAUGCUCGAUCAAAACCUAGAUUUGAUGGUGCAGUUCCGGAGCCACGCAAGGGGAUUAGAAGUGGGCAUGUACCUGGGAGCAAAUGCGUUCCUUUUCCCCAGGUGCUUGACAGCUCACAAAAGCUAUUGGCCCCAGAUGAACUCCGUAAAAGAUUUGAGCAAGAAGGAAUAUCACUUGAUCAACCCCUUGUAACCUCUUGCGGCACUGGUGUGACAGCAUGUGUAUUAGCCUUGGGCCUUCAUCGCCUUGGCAAAACUGAUGUCUCAGUAUAUGACGGAUCAUGGACCGAAUGGGGCGCCCAUCCUGACACUCCAGUCGCAACUGCUGCCGCUUAGUCCCUAUCCUGUUCAUGGAGGACUCUUGAUUGUACUUUCCUUGUACCCUGAUCCUAUGGGUAAAGGCGAAGGAAACUGAAGUGGUGGGGUGUGCGGAAGGUUAGGGAAGCGAAGCCUUUUGGUCAUCACUGUAAAUGCUGAAACAGAAAAUGUCACAUACACAUACACUGGUGAAUUAUGAGUUCAUAAUUUCCCUUGCCGAGGUCCCUUUUCUUGGUGGAACAAUAAUAAUGAAAUGGCAAAAAAGAAAAAUAUGCCAUCAGUUUUAGUGUCCGGUGCAGCACCACCUCGAUGGA